AAGAUUUCCCCCUUGGUUGCUUCUGCGGGAUGACAAUUGUGAUGGAAUGAUCCAAGGAAGAUGGGGUCCCGAAUCAAGGAAAAUCCACAGAGGAUAUUUGAUCUGUUCUUCGAAGCUUCCUGUCCAACACCUGCAGAUGAUGAUCCUCGAGUGCUCAGACAGUUUCCUCUGGAGUUCGAUGAUCAGGAAUCAAUACAGAUGCUGUCCAGGUUUUGCUUCCCCUUUGAUAUAGAAAGGGUUAAGGAGAGCACUGCCGUCCAACACUUCACUUUUGCACUCACCGAUAUGGACGGGAAACAGCGCUUUGGUUUCUGCCGACUGGCCAUAGGCUUCCAUACCUGCCUAUGCAUCCUCAGUUACUUGCCCUGGUUUGAAAUUUUCUACAAGAUCCUAAACUAUGUCGCAGACAACUUAGCCAAGAAGCAGAUUGCAGAACUGGAUAAGUUCAUAGCGGCCCUGUAUAUCCACCCUGUGCCUAACCUCAGCAGCCCUAUCAGGCUUGAAUUCGACCCAAAGAUGACCAAAUUGAAAAUUUCCACUGUGAACGAUCUAAGCAGAGAAGACAGGAACCAAGAUUUUAAUCCCGGGAUGACAUCAGCUUAUUUCAUUGCCCCUGACCAUUGCAAACUGCCCACCAUCCCUGAAAACAGGAACCUGACAGAGUUUGUUGUGGCUGUGGAUGUGAACAACAUGCUGUAUCUGUAUGCAAGCCUGCUCCAUGAGCGACGGAUCCUGCUCACCACCAGCAAGCUCAGCACACUCACCGCCUGUGUGCAGGCUUCCUCCGCCAUGUUGUACCCCAUGCACUGGCAGCACAUCUACAUCCCCGCGUUGCCCUCGCACCUCCUUGACUACUGCUGCGCCCCCAUGCCCUAUCUCAUCGGAGUCCACAGCAGCCUCAUGGAGAAGGUGAGGAGCAAAGCCCUGGAAGAUGUCGUCAUUCUCAACGUUGAUACCAACACGGUGGAAUCACCAUUCCAAGACCUUGAAAGCCUUCCAAGCGAUGUAGUCUCUCUAUUGAAGUUCCAGUUGAAGAAACAAUCGGCGGCGACCGGGGAUGGUGUCGCCCGAGCCUUCCUCAGGGCACAGGCCCUGCUGUUUGGCAGCUACCGUGAGGCGCUUGUUUGUGUCCCAGGUGAGCACAUCACCUUUAGCCAAGACAGCUUUCUGCAGCAAGGGUCCGGCGCCAUGCAGGCCUUCCUCCAGCGGGCCGUGCACCUGCAGCUUUUCAAGGAGUUCAUCGAUGACCGCCUGGAGAAGCUAAACACGGGAGAGAACUUCUCUGACCUUUUUGAGCAGGAGAUCAAUAGAAGUGUGUCUCCAGGUAGCAUGCAUUCCUACCAGCAGUGGGUGGAGAACCUAAAAAAAGGUGGAGGAGCCCUGAUAAGUACCAUGAAGAACAAGGCUAAUCCAGCUGUCAGGAGCGCAUACCAAUAUGCCAAAGGGCAUGCCAAAAUGAGGCUGAAGAAUAUGCGGAGUCGCCUGAUGGAGAAGGACUCCAGUUUGGACCAGCACCGACAGCGAGGACAUUCCUUGGACUGUGAUCACGUCUCCAGCCCCAUCCUCCCCGCCAGGAGCAGACAGUCUGAGACCCUGCAAAGCCGCUUGCCUAUCACCCAGCACUUUGGGAAGUCUCGCCCCAGGCGACCACAAAGGCAGAGCAGCAGGACAGACCUGGAGACUCAAGGGGAUGCCUCCAUCUCCUCCAGCACAAUGUCACUGGAUUGCUCCCCAGAGCCCGAUGAAGGUGAGAAUGUUCACCCAGGUUUCCUGGGCCCAGGUGGCUUUGAUCUCUUAGGGGAAAUCUUUGAGACGCUGAACCUGAUGGAGCCCAGCCAAGCCAGACGGCCUCUCUAUGGGACCCGCAGCCUGGACUUCUGCAACCUAGAAGAGAGGAACUUCUAUACUAAGCUCAGGCCCAGCCGAGAGACCCUCUAUGAGCCCGUGUCUGAGGAACAGGAUGAUGGUGACUCCUUGUCUGAAGACAUGAAGUUCCUGCCCUCUCUGGUUUCGGAGCAUGUGCAGAGCGCUUUGUUGCUGUCCAGCAGAGUUGCAGAUGAAAGCAGUGACAGGUGGGAUCAUGGCAUGCCAGACCCGCAAGAGAUUCCUGGCCCUCAGACUACAGCAGUUCCCAUGCAGGAAGAGGAGGAGGAAGACGAAGAGGCUGCUUCUACUGCUGCUAGCGAUAAGCCAACCCAGAUGGCAUGGUCCCAGGAUGAAGACAGCAAAGGAGGCCCCCAAUACCAGUGCAAAUAGAACAGGAAACUGCACUCCUGGGAAGUCUGGAUAGGAAUCUAGGGUUGACCAGACCUUUGAACCCCCUCCAGCUGCCCCCACCCCAAAAGCAGGGACAGAAACACCCAGUGGCAUCCAACCACCCGCAGCAUCGUUCCAAACAGAAGUCAGCGUGAACGCUGACGUCAUGGCAAAGGAAGGCGUCCCAGUCCUUGGACAAGUCACCAAAACACAACACCCGGAGCUGGUCGGCUAUCUGGAAGAGGAAGACUACUUGUGUUUGGCUCCUGGAGGCCACAGGUAGUCCUUGGGACUAGAG